UUUGCUUCAAUUUUUUCUUUACAUAUUGGUUCCUUAAAUAAAAAACAACUAAAGACAAAUUACAUAGAAAAAAAGCAACAAGCAAACAGCACGUGUCUGUCCCAAAGCUUUUUCGUCACAGGAAACCAGGAUUAAAUUCGCAAAUUGUGCAGAAAUUUCAAAAAUAUAAAUUAUAAUAUAAGAAUCUGGAGAAAUCCAAGUAGAGGAUAAAGUGAACAAGUUUAGUUUUUAUUUAAAGUUUUGCAAAAACAAAAAACGCACAUACAAAAGCGCACGCAUAAGCACAGAUAUACUCUCACCGUCAUGUUUUAUUUAAUUGGUUUGGGUUUAGGAGAUCCCAAGGACAUUACAGUGAAAGGCCUUGAAAUUGUAAAACAAUGUACAAGAGUAUAUUUAGAAAUGUAUACCUCCAUAUUGGGGUGCCCAAAAGAAGAGUUGGAAGCCUUUUAUGGUCGUCCUAUACUAUUGGCAGAUCGUGACCUUGUUGAACAAGGUGCUGAUGAAAUUUUAGCUGGUGCCGGCGAAGAGGAUGUUGCAUUGUUAGUUGUGGGCGACCCGUUUGGCGCCACCACGCAUACUGAUUUUAUUUUAAGAGCCAAAGAAAAGAAAAUUCCCUAUAAAGUGAUACAUAAUGCCUCCAUAAUGAAUGCCAUCGGUUGCUGUGGCCUUCAAUUGUACAAAUUCGGCGAAACUGUAUCCAUCCCAUAUUGGGAUGAGACCUGGAAACCCGAUAGUUUUUACGACAAAAUCAAGCUCAAUCGACUGCAUAACAUGCACACUCUGUGUCUGCUGGACAUCAAGGUAAAGGAACCAACACUGGAGUCAUUAAUGCGGGGGCGAAAGGAAUUUAUGCCUCCUCGCUUUAUGACCGUGGCCGAAGCAGCCCAACAAUUGUUGUCCAUAGUUGAGAAAAAAGAUGCUUUGGAACGCAAUACCAUUUUGAAUGAACAAUCUUUGUGCGUGGGUCUGGCCCGUGUGGGACAUGACAAUCAACGCAUCGUGGUAAGUACGUUGCGGGAUAUGGGUUCUACGGAUAUGGGAGGACCUCUGCAUUCGAUUGUUAUACCUGCCAAAGAAAUGCAUCCAUUAGAGGUUGAAUUUCUACAACAAUUUGCAAAUUUAAGAUUAGAGGACUACAAUCAUUAGAUUUCAAAUGGAUUUGAAUGAUUACAGUUGUUGUAUACUUAAAGAAAUUUGUAGCUAUUUUUGUUCUUUUUUUAGAAACCCUUACACACACGUAUACCAACACCUGUACACCUUUAAAAAAGGUUUAUAUCUGUAGGUUUUUUAAGCUUUAAAAGUAGUCUAGUAUUUUUCUCUAUCUACUACACAUUUGUCUUUUUUAUAUUAUAAUUUUAUAUUUUUUCCUUUAAUUUUUACCAUUUGUAAUAGCAGUGCAAAUUAUUGGAGUUUAUUUAUUUUCAAAGAAUUUCAUUUUGAUUUUUGGCAAUUAAAAAGUUACUUACAGGUUUGAUUAGAUUGUUUCUUGUAUUUAAGAAAUCUUUGAAGUUUUGCUAACUUUUUUCAUAACUUUUUGCAAAAAAAAACUAAAGUAGCAUUUAAAAGUAGUUGAAAGUGUUAUGAAUUCAAUGGUUUUAUUAGUAACAAGUGGAUCAUUUAUAAAAAAGUAAUAGUAAUCUAAUAUAUUUUUACAUACAUGUACUUCAUUUGAAUAAUUGAUAAAAAAAGUAAAGAAAGAAAAGAAAUGUGAUGAAUCUUAAGAAAAAAUGAAAAAUUAAAAACAAAAAACUUUAUUAAAAUAAUACUUGAUGUGAGAUCCUGAAAAGAAA